AUGUCCGACCCGCCCCUCAACCUCGCCGGCGUGCCGCACGUCGACGACAGUCUUAUCGAUCCCCAGCUCGCCGCCGAGGCCUUCUUCGAUGCCAAGUUCGAUCCCGACUUUGCAGCGGCCGCUGUCGCCGCGGCACAGCCACAAUAUGCGGGUGGCGACUUCCAGAUGGGCGUAGGCGUAGGAGUAGGCGUCGACGUCAACGGCAACGUGGGAGUCGGUGUGCCGAUGCAGAUCGGCGUAGACAUGUCCCAGUCUGUCCUCGAUGCCGGUCUCGAUAACGGCCUUGAUAACCAGGUCCUGUCACCCAACUCGUCCCAAGACGAUGGCAUACACGUGCACGUGCCAGUGACAUCGUCACAUAUGGCCCCGUUCAGCCGGCCUCAGCGAGACGAUACCACCCCUCAUCCCGAGUUGUUGAGUUUUACGAACCGCGCCGAAUUCGAUGUCUGGUUUGAAGGUGAGAGUAGCUGGUGUCAUUUCGUACAGCGCCGUACGACUACGCCUGAGAAACGCGCCGAGGAGCGACUACGUGCCCGUAUCAAGGCACAUGAACGCAUGCUUGCCUCCAUGGCCCCCGAAGAGGCUGCGAGUGCGCCGCCGCUCAAACGGCGCAGGCGUAACCGCACCUCAAACAUCAAGGAAAAGGUCACGUACACAUGCCACCAUGCGGGCCGCUACGAGGCCAAGCAUAGCACGACACUGCCGCGCGAGAAGCUGCGCCUCAACACCAAGAAGAGUGUCAAGUGCGAUUGUCCGGCCCGUAUCGUUCUCACCGAACUGGACGAGGGAGAGUGCAAGGUCUCGUAUUUCUGGAGGCAUGAGGGACAUGACGCGUACGCCGACGACGAGCUCGAGUCGGGCCGCCUCCCCAAGGUCAUUGACGAGUGGCUGGUCGCCCAAAUCCAUGCCGGCAAGGACACGGACGAGAUUCGCCGCGCUCUCAUGAUGCCUGAAGACGAGAAGGCAGCCUACCUCCGCCAGAUAGCUGAGGAUCCGUCGUCUGUCGAUCCUGAGAAGCCGCCUCCACUGGCCUUGACGCUGCGCAUCAAGUACCCAGACAUCUAUAACCGGUACCGCAAGCUCAAGGGCCCAAUCAAAGACUUCAAGCCGCCCAAGCAUCCGCGCACGCGCAGGCGUACAGAGGAGAAGAUUGAGCCCAUACAUGUCGUCGAUAUCCCCACAAAUGGCAUGGUCGACACGGUCGACCCCGGGCCAAGUUACCAGCUCAGCGCGGAUAACAUGGUUGACGGGUUUGCGGCGCUUCGCGAGGCGAUCGACGGCAACAUGUCCGAUCCGUUUGGGGGUCACGAGCACCUCGAGCGCGCACUUCUUGCGCUCCCGCGCGGCGUCGACCAGGGCGACGACACGGACCUCAACGAGGCCAUGCUGCGUAUGGCCGAGGCGCAAAACGACGAGAAGAACCGCGAGGUGUGGGCGGGUGUUGGGCUCGAGUGA